AUGUCUGCUAGAUACGACAGAGCUAUCACUGUAUUUUCUCCAGAUGGUCAUCUUUUACAAGUAGAGUAUGCGCAAGAAGCUGUACGAAAAGGAUCUACAGCGGUUGGCGUAAGAGGUAAAGAUGUCGUGGUGCUUGGAGUUGAGAAAAAAUCUGUCGCAAAACUGCAAGAAGAAAGAACAGUAAGGAAGAUAUGUCUUCUCGAUGAUCACGUUGUUAUGGCAUUUGCCGGAUUGACUGCAGAUGCCCGCAUUCUCAUCAAUCGCGCCCAAAUUGAAUGUCAAUCCCAUAAACUCACUGUUGAAGAUCCUGUUACUUUAGAAUACAUAACAAGAUAUAUUGCUGGUCUAAAGCAAAAAUAUACCCAAAGCAAUGGACGGCGUCCAUUUGGCAUAUCAUGUUUGAUUGGUGGCUUUGAUUAUGAUGGACAUCCUCACUUAUUUCAAACAGAACCAUCAGGUAUUUACUAUGAAUGGAAAGCUAAUGCCACGGGUAGGUCAGCAAAAACUGUUCGAGAAUUUUUAGAAAAAAAUUACACUACAGAGGAGGUUGCUUCUGAAAAUGGUGCUGUAAAGCUUGCUAUUCGGGCACUUCUGGAAGUAGUUCAAUCUGGACAGAAAAAUUUAGAAAUUGCUGUCAUGAGGCGCAAUCAGCCUAUGCAAAUGCUGGACUUGGAUACAAUAAAUUCCUAUGUGUCUGUAAUUGAAAAAGAAAAGGAGGAAGAAGCUGAAAAAAAGAAACAAAAGAAA